AUGAAACUGGCUAUCGAGGGCGCAGAGCAGUGGGAGCUGCUCCAGGCAGCCCAUCACCUCUUCAGCCGCUCUUCCCCUCCCCGCAGCGACGAUAAGCAACGGCCGGGCACUGGGAGAGAGAAAGUCCUCCAGGCCGAGAGAGAGACGAAUCACCGAGAUUUCUUCCAGAUCGACGUUCGGAUGAUUCUCCUUGACGUUUAUCCCGACUGUGAAUUAUCGGCCGUGGAAUUCCGGCAAUGUCUUGAUGCGUUGAAGAGUCUUCUCGCAGCGUUUGAACAGUUGCUGGACGAUAGCCUGCUGUGCUCCAAUGAGAGCGAGAGUCCAGUUUUGUUGGCAGAGAAUCUGGGUAAGGACUCGGAGAAGCCGCAGAAACAGAAAGGCUUCAGAAAGCUCUUUGGCCGUUCCCCACAUUCUCGUGCAGAAAGAGAACCAAAGGGAUCGUUACAAGACUAUAUGAGAAAGCCAUCGCCACCGUUAGAUCCUCAAGCCCCGGCUUCUCUCUAUCCAAAACUGCAAAUCGUGAUGGAAAGGUGCCACAGCGGCAGUACGAAAGAUCUGGAUAGCCCAAUACGAGCUCUGGAAGACAAGGACUAUGUGGCAAUUCUUCAGGAGAUGGGUUCGUUUGUUCGGGUUGUUAGACAAGCGUACCGGUCGAAGGCGGAGCCGCGUAUCACUAUUGAUGAACCAAAGCCGCAGCGUGUCGAGGAUAAGAUUCAACAAGACGACUGUUCAGAUUCAGAUAUCCGUGAGCUUUUGCACAAUCUACAUUUGUCUCUGACAGGCUGUUUGGAGGGCUGCUGCUGGGAUCAUGUAGCAAGGCUAUACCUACCUGUUCAUCAAGCGACGGAUCCCGAACUGGAGGUAGACAUGUUCUUGUCGACAUGUCAAGAGCCCUUGAAAUGGCAAGAGGCCAAAUGUUCCGUUCGAAGCUCAGUUCAGAUAGGAAAACGAGACUCCGAAGUUAGGAACCUUUGCGAUACCAUCACUCGCUCUCAGGGCAGGAGACAAUUGUUACGUCUUCUGGCUGCUAGAGAGCAGCUGUGGGAUCGUUCUCACCAGCGGGAAAGAAGGCCAAAUCCGGAGUGGUCUCCCAUCAUCUCACUGCGUUUGUUGCUAGACAAUGGCCACCUCUUCGUGAAGAAAACUAAAAAGGAUCGCUCCAAGGUUACGCUCAAGGAGAAGAGAAUCCUUGCCGUGAUUCUUGCGCAUACCAUGUUACAGCUCUGUGAUGGUCCAUGGAUCCAGGACGCCUGGGAUGCGGGCAUGAUUUUCUUUCAGUGUGAUCCUUCCAUGGAUCGCGUGCCGAAUACACGGCAGCCAUAUAUCACAAGCUCUCUAAAAUCUCUUGAGAGGGCGCAAAAGAUGGAACCUUUUGAAGAUCGACUCCAUAAAUACCCUCUCAUCUUGGACUUUGCGCGCCUCCUUCUUGAACUCCAUCAUGGAGAGACAAUCGAGUCAACCGAGGAAGACUACGACGCGGUCACACAGGAGGAGACACCAGACACUCCAUUCUUCAUGUUGAGUCGCGUAUUGGACGAGACCUCGGAGGACAUGUACGACGACUAUCGUGCGGCCAUUGAGGCAUGUCUCGACUGUGACAAGUUCCUGCCUCCUGAAACUCUGUCUUUUGAUGAUGUUGAAUUCCGCAACUUGGUUUACAAACAUGUUGUGUCCCCGUUGGAGGAUGAACUCUUCAAUGGGUUCAAGAUCAAGAUCCACGAGCUCGAUUUUGCUACUCAGCGAGAGACAAAUGCGCCCGCCCAACAGUCAACCGCUAUCCACCUAUCACCACCUACGGUAGCACAAGCAGGAAAGCACCAAGGAAUGCAGCGGUCCCAUUCAAUUGCCGAGAGUUCCAUUACCGAGUACACUACUUCAUCAGCCGCGAUAUCGCAUUCCUCGACCACAUCUCAGACUAGUCUAACGACGCUUUCCCCCAGCAUGGAUCCCCGCGAUGCGUACAAGGUUGCAAUCAUCUGCCCGAUGGCUGUUGAAAUGGCGCCCAUUCUCGCCAUGCUUGAUCACCGACACACCAGUCCGUCGACCACGCAUGAGAGGAGCACGUAUAUUUUCGGACAAAUGAGUCAUCACAAUGUGGUCGUGGCCGUAAUGCCGGAGACUGGAACCAACAGCGCCGCCUUUGUAGCGAAUCAGCUGCAGAACGAUUUCCCGUACCUCCGCUUCGGUUUGUUGGUGGGUAUUGCAGGCGGGAUUCCCUCUGCCGAGCCUGGAAAAUUAGAUAUUCGCUUGGGAGACGUGGUGGUCAGCAAGCCGACAGAUACCUUUGGCGGAGUGGUACAGUUUGACCGGGGGAAGGUGAACCCCAACAGCACCUUCGAGCGAACCGGGUCGCUGAACAAGCCGCCGCCGAUUGUGCGGACAACGCUAGAGACACUAAUCGCGCAGCACAGCGUGAACGGGAACCAGCUGGACUACCAUCUGGGAGAGAUGCUGCGCAAGCACCCGGAGAUGCGAGACAGGAACUACGUCCACCAGGGCGAGGAGAAGGAUGUACUCUUCCAGUCGACGUACCCGCACCAACACCACAGGGGACCGGACUGCCAACGGUGCCGAGCGGAGAUGGUGGUGACGCGCCCGCCGCGCGGGUCCACGGCGCCGCAAAUCCACUACGGGACGAUCGGCUCGUCCAAUAUCUUGAUCAAGGACGCCGUCACGCGCGACGAGCUGCGGCGCGAGCUGGGCGUUAUCUGCGUCGAGAUGGAAGCCGCCGGGCUGAUGGACGUGCUGCCGUGUCUUGUUAUCCGGGGAAUCUGCGACUACGCCGAUUCGCAUAAACUGAAGACCUGGCAGCCGUACGCGGCGGCUACAGCUGCAGCGUUUGCCAAGGAAUUCCUCUCUGUUGUUCCAUAA